AUGUCUUCACAUUCAGAGGAGGAGGCGCCCGUCGGCUUCGGCGAUAUUUUCGAAAGCCUGCGCGAGCUUCCAGAUCUGCCUCAUGGCAAGCCCCGGGCCCUAUUCGGCCACAUCUACAUGCCACAAUAUCGUUCAGAGCAAAACUUCUUGGACCAGAUACGUUUGUCGCUACCUGUGGACCGAAGGACCACAAGAUUCUUCAUCAUCGGCAGUGAUGAAGAUGCUGAUGAAGGGGAGAUGAGCGAUAGCGAGCUGGCCCCAGUGAGAAUGACGAUUGCCGAAUUCUUGGAUGUCCUCAAGAACAAUUUGCGGCCACCUGGAUCCUUCAUGGCCUGGCGUCCCGCUCCUGGACCUGAUGCCUGGCAAACCAAGUCUGUGCUACCACGGCGUGCUGUGUUCCUUUUUCAAGUCGAUUUCUUUAUCACAGCCGAAUGCGCUUUGGCUGUGACCUUGCUUAUGGACUGGGCGUUGACUGUAUCAAGUCAUGAAGGGUUUUCUGACAUCCGUUUUCUGACCCUGUCAUCCCAUACGGAUAUCAGUUUUCUUGAAGAACUACUGUGGAAACAAGGCGCAGUACCUCUACUCACCUUUCCUCUCUCGGAUGAAAACGAUCCUAUGUUAGACAAUGAUAUCUCUGAUGCCCGGUCGCUCGAGCAAAUCGCUCAAGAGUUGGCAGGUAUCGUCAAGAAAUCGGACAAAACUACACGACUCAUCCUCUCAUUUGACGAGACCAUACAAACUCAUCUACAAUGUUUGAUGGGCAGUGACGAAAUGAGGAGUCUUGUUAAGGUUCAGUCAAUUCUACCUAAUUGGCCACAGGCCCUCAUGGAACUGCGCUCGAUCGGUGAUGUUGCUAAUACCGAAUUGGCAACUCUAGUAACCCUGUGCGGUCAGAUACCUGUGCGGCCGAAACCCAUACAAGGGUUUCAAGAGAUCCAUGUUGUCUUGGGUCAUCGUGAUUUCUACACUCCCUCCUGGGACAACAAGACUCGCCAAGUGCUCACAUACCCGCGAUUAACGUCGAAGGAGUAUCGUGAGUUGCAGCUGUGGUGGACUUACAACCCGGACGCGUCAGUCACAGUGUAUCAUUGUGAAAAUACCAUUGACGAGUUUAUUGCAAAAGGCGGUGAUAGCCCAUAUAUUGUGGAAGGGGCUCAUAUGGGUGCAUUCGUUGCCUCUGCGAUCGAUCUCGAGCGAUACAGUAUGUCGUCCAAACGUAUCAUCAACAGCUUUAUCCGAAAUCCAUUGGCAGCCAAGGAUACGAUAGAUAUGUUGACAGCGCAAGGUCUUGUAUCUAAUAAUCGCCUUGCAUUGGAGGACCAAGAGGCCGCAGUGUUCCGGUCCGUACUUCGUCAGGUUGAGUACGACUAUCGCCUUGCCAUGUUCCUAGCCUUGGACUCUGAACCUAUCCCACGUCUGGUCAAGGUCCAGGUUGCGACCGUGCUGGCCUUGGGCUCCUGUCACAGCUUGAGCAAAGGCGAUAAUACAAGACCCUUAGCCCUUGAAACAAUUUUCAAAUGCUGUCACGGCUAUGGAAGUAGCCUUGCCAAACAGGGAACUACAUGGUUCAACCUCGGGCUUGCCAAGUAUUGGCUUGACCGAGAAUCCCGCGGCGUCAAAACAUCUAGCGAAAUCGAUGGUAUUGUAGAUUUAUGUGCCUUCUCCAUAGAUAGAUUGCGCACGUGCACCGACGAUAUUCUGCAGAUAUUUAAUUCAGCCGGGAUCGAAAUCGACACAAAGCAUAAUGUGUCACUUGAAAGAAGAGAAUUGACCAGUCAUGAGCAAUGGCAAAUCCAUUGCCAUCUCUUCAGGGCUUACAUGCAUCAGGUUACGUUUUGUCGUAAUCCGACCUCUGAUCCAUCAGAGCGUGGCCCUCGCAUCAGACUUUUCAGAAGUAAUGCUGAUUGCAGUCUCAAGAAAACCUUUAGGGCCUGGCAACCUGACUUCAAGUCCCUACUGGGAGCGUCAGAUGAUAACAUGGUACUUGGCGUUUCCCACAACCUGGUCCGUCUUUCGAAAUCACAUGUUGAGAUAGAAGAUUGGACCAUGAUCCCUGCGAAUGUUGUCGCUUUCUGGGAAACUGAGACCGGCCUAAGCCUACAGGCGACGACGGCCUCAAGAGUCCAGCAUUGCCCAGACAACAUGGACGAAAUCACUGGGACUUGUUCUAUGUCAAGUUAA